CGGCAGUUGGCCGGCGCUGGGUGCUCAGUGGAUCUUAGGCGCUGCUGCUAACGGUUGUCUCGGGGGUUCAACCAUGGCCCGCAUCGCUCUCCUCGUAUUACCACUGCUGGCGGCCCUCUGCGCCGCUGAACCCUCCAUCUUCUUCCAAGAGGAAUUCAGCGAUGGAGAUGCCUGGAAAGAACGCUGGACGCAAUCUAAGCACAAGACAGACUACGGCGCCUUCAAGCUGACUGCGGGCAAAUUUUACGGAGAUGAAGAGAAAGACAAAGGUCUCCAGACCAGCCAGGAUGCCAAAUUCUAUGCCCACUCUGCUCGAUUCCCUUCUUUUUCCACAAAGGACAAGACUCUUGUAGUUCAAUUCACGGUGAAGCACGAGCAGAACAUCGACUGUGGUGGUGGAUACGUGAAGCUUUUCCCCGGCACUCUAGAACAGACCGAGAUGCACGGAGAGUCCGAGUACAACAUCAUGUUUGGUCCUGACAUUUGCGGGCCACCCACCAAGAAAGUGCACGUCAUCUUCAACUACAAGGGCAAGAACAUGCAGAUCAACAAAGACAUCCGCUGCAAAGAUGAUGUUUUCACUCAUCUCUACACCUUGAUUGUACGUCCCGAUAACACCUACGAGGUGAAAAUUGAUAACAGCAAGGUGGAAUCUGGCAACCUGGAAGACGACUGGGACUUCCUUCCUCCCAAGAAAAUCAAGGACCCCGAGGCCAAGAAGCCUGAAGACUGGGAUGAGCGUCCCAAGAUUGACGAUCCCGAGGACAAGAAACCAGAGGACUGGGAGAAACCAGAACAUAUCCCUGACCCAGAUGCAGUGAAACCAGAAGAUUGGGAUGUGGAGAUGGACGGAGAGUGGGAGCCACCAGUCAUCACAAAUCCAGAGUACAAGGGAGAAUGGAAACCUCGCCAGAUCGACAACCCCGACUUCAAAGGAAAGUGGGAGCACCCAGAGAUCGACAACCCAGAAUAUACCCCAGAUCCUUCUCUGUACUCCUAUGAGGACUUUGGAGCUCUAGGCUUUGACCUGUGGCAGGUGAAAGCUGGCACCAUCUUUGACAACAUCCUGAUUACAGAUGAUGAGAAGUUUGCAGAGGAACAAGCCGCUAAGACAUGGGGAGUCACAAAGGAGGCUGAGAAAAAGAUGAAGGAACAGCAAGAUGAAGAGGAGCGCAAGAAGCAGGAAGAGGAAGAGAAGAAGAGGAAAGAGCAGGAGCCCGCUGAAGAGGCCAAUGAGGAUGAUGAUGAAGAUGACGAUGAGGAAGAAAAAGAGAAGGAGGAAGGUGAUGAUGAUGACGACGACGACGAGGAAAGCGAGACACCUCAGAAGGAUGAGCUUUAAAGAUGGCAUCUCUCCUCCUGACCAGCGCUCUCCCCUUCCCUGGGCGUUCGUGUCUUAGAUGGGAGAGGGGAAAUGGGAUCGUUCUGUCUCUAUGAGACUCAAAAUUUAUAUAUAUUUUUUACAGUUUUUGUUUUAACCCUGUAAUGGAAGAUCUGUCAAUCUUCCCUCAUCCUCCUUACCCAUAUCCUCUCUCCUUAGCCUCUCCCCUUCAGUUUUGUCCCCUCCUGCCCAUAGGCCCUGGUUCUCAUUGCAGUAAACAUCUGCGCUCCCCUCUGCAGUAUCUUCUGGCCUAUCCUUGUGUGGAAGAGGCUAACCAGGAUAAUUGAAAUUGUGACUCUCCCGAAACCACUUCCUGUUUACUACUUCUCCCAUCCGAGGGGCUUGUGAGGUGCAUUGACCGUUGUGACAACACCCGGCCAAACAUUGCCAAACCUAGUCACAUUCCAUCAGCCCUCAUUCACUUUGCAGUAUCAAAUCGUGUCAGUGUUCUGUACAAUUUGAUGUAGUUUUUAGGGAACUAAAGCUUUAAUUUAAAGUCUCCUCGGACCCUAAUGGCCAUGAGGCUUCAGCCAGUGACAAACUCCUGGGCGGCCACAUUCCUGUGUGGCACCAGCUAUGUAAGAAAGCAGUCUACCAACUGUGAAAACCGUCGGGUGACGUCGUUAUUGCUUAGUGGACAAUUAAAUAAAUUGCCUUGUAAAAUGGCCUACAUCAGAGGUCAGCCUUCGCUUGGUGGGUCUCAGCAUUAAGGAACCUCCACUCUAGUAUGUCACCAGAGUGACUCUUAAAUCUGGAUUUGUCUCCCAUUUAAAGACAUCUGCCCUCAAGUGU